UACAAUAGCUUUUUUCUUAAAAGUAUAUAUUAAAUUUGAUGUGGGAUUACCAGUACUGUUUAGCUUGUCUUUGUCUCCUUCUGAAAUUCCUUCUCUCUAAUGUAUAUUUUAAAAUAAUUGAUGACUCUUGUCUUUUUUUCACUAUCAUUCCUCUUUUGCCCAAAAUAAAUGGCCUCAUCCCUUGUAACAAAAAAUAGAAGCAUUCAAGACAAAUCUAUUUGUUAUAUCUGAAAAUGAUGCCAUAUUCAGCCCUCUAGAGCUCUCUGCUAAAUGGUGGAAAUCAUGAUUCACCAGUCUUCUACAGUCAUGAUUGGUCUUUGCAUUGAUCACUUUUUUCACAGAUAUUUUCCUUUAUAAUAUAAUUAGCCAUUAAAAUAGUUUUCUUGGCAUAUUCACUUUAUUCUUUUAAAUCUUUGGAUUUUCCUGAAUCUGCCUCUUAAAUUUCUUAUAAAGUAGUAAUAUUGUAUCAUAUACCAUAGUUUGUUCAAUCGUGCCCUAAUUGAUGAGCACCCAGUUUGUUUUCAUUUCUUCUCUAGAAUAAAAAAGGACUGCUGCAAAAUUUUUGUUCCCAAGAAUCUUCUCUCUCAAAGGAGUACAAAGAACCUAUACAGGGCCAUCUCAAAGACUGGAAUGAUAAGUACAGACAUGCCAAGAAUUUGGUGGGAUAGUAAAUAUUUAUGUUUGGGGGAGGGGGGAGAGAGAGAGAGAGGUCUGGCAUUGGGAUUUCGUUAAUGUGGGCAUCUAUCUCUCUGUAUAAAUGUUCCCUCCACCACCUGUAAACUCUCCUUUAUUUCAGAGAAUUGCCUGGGGCACUGAGAGCUUAAGUGACCUAAACAUGACUGAACAUUAAAGCCUGCAUAUUUUAAAACUUGAAUUCAGGUGUUCUUGACCUCAAGUUCAAACUUAUAUCCAUUGUGAUAUUUUGAAUUAAUAUUAGUAAAUUUAUUUCCCAAAUUGUCUUAUAUAUUUACUUUUACUAUAAAUAUCAGCAGGUUUUUUUAUGGAACUAGAUGAAUAAUGAUGUAUAAGGAAAAACAAUUGGGUCACAUUAUCUUUGUUUCCUCAUAAGAAUAGCUAAAAAAGUAUAUCUCACAGAAAUAGGGAAUUUUUAAAUCUAGAAGAGCUUAAAGGACAUUUAGUCUUAAUUCCUUUACUAUAUAAAUGAAGCUCUUGAAGACCAAAGAUUAAAUAACUUGCCAAGGCCCCACAAUUAGUUUUAAUGACUGAAUUGGAACUAUACUCUGUUAGAAUAGUCUGUUGUAUGUCCCAGAUAAUCUCUGCGUCAAGGGCAUUUAUUUCGAAGGUGGUUGGAUUGCUCAUGCUUUGAAAAACUACUGAGGAAAAUGAGGAAAAACUACUAAUUCAGAUUUCCACUAUAGAUUUUAUAUUUGGCUAAAAAUAUAAAAAUCACCAAAGUUCAUUUAUAAAAACUUAAAAGCAGAGCCACUACAUUACCCAGACAAAUUUCUAUCAAAAUUGUGAGGUGACUUUUGGUAGGAGGACAUAGAAGGGGAGGGUACCUAUUUUGCAAAAUAAAAUACAAUUAGAGCUUUUGUGCUAGAAGAGUAAGAGAUUUCUCCUCAUUUCAUUUUAUUUCUUGUCUAAUACUCUGAUCAGUCGUCAUAUGAAAAGAAACAAGAGAGUCUAGAAGUAGAGGGAUGCUUUAUAACACCUCCCUGCAUUUUCUAAUACUGUAAUAAAAACCACCCAUAUUCUGACCAAAUAACUUUAAAAUGACUUUAAAUAUGAAUUCUCAACCACAUAACCAAAGGAUACCUAAAAAGUUUCUUAGAGAUAACAUAAAUUAACUUACCUCAAGGAAAGUUCAAAUUCAAACAUAAGUCUUGCCUCAGAAUCAAAGAUUCUGUGUUAUAUUUGUGUGACUAUGCUCAAAUAUACAUGAAUAAAGUGGGUUGUUUUUUUUGUUUUUUGUUUUUUGUUUUAACAUUUUCUGCUUGAAUUUGUAGAGGCACUUAAAUAAUGUUCAGGGAUUCCUUCAGCAUCAUAGCUUUUGUUUAAUUAAAUUUACAAGUACCUAUAUGAAGAAUUAGUCUGGAAAUAUUAGUUCUUGGAUUUUGUCAUAUUUGUGUUUUUCUUAUCUAACUCAGGCCAGUAUUAAAGAAUUCUAAAACUAAAUGUUAUUCAUUUUAAUUCAAGAAAAGGAAAGCACUUUUAAGAAAAGGCUGGGAAAUCAGACAGUGAAUGUCCCCUCUCUGAAAAUCACUUAUGGAAUUAUUGACACUGGAGAAAAAAGGCAGAUACACAUUUCAUUGGCAAAAAGAUGGCGUUUUCUGACUUCUUUCUACAAGAUUUGACUUCUUUAUUCAUUGAUAGAUGGGUAACAACAAUGAUGUUCAUCUUUGAAAAGUGUCAUUUCCACCCCUUUCCUCUGGUGGGAGUCAGGAGGCUAGGAGAAAACCAAGACUUACUGACUUGUCUGUCAUCGGACAGUGAGUUUCAUGGAGGUGAGAUUUAGACCUGAGGACUUCAGAAUUUCCACUUCCAUGUUUUAAUUGGCAUGAAUCAAAUGACAUACAGUACAUACUGAUGUUUGUCAUUUGGUUGACAAUUUACAGAAAGUUAGCUCUGGAACUUGAUGGGUGACAACCCUCUCCGCCCAAAAGAUAAUUUUAAAAUGGCUGAACUAUUUAUGGAGUGUGAAGAAGAAGAGCUGGAACCAUGGCAGAAGAAAGUAAAAGAAGUUGAGGAUGAUGAUGACGACGAUGAUGAUGAUGAUGAUGAGCCAAUCUUUGUUGGGGAGAUUGCAAGUUCAAAACCAGCCAUUUCAAAUAUUUUGAACAGAGUCAACCCCAGCUCAUCAUCAAGAGGAAUACAGAAUGGUGCCACCAAUAGAGGUGCUGUUAGUUCAUUCAAGCCAACCAGUCAACACUACAUGACUCCAACAUCAAAUACUGUGGCAGCUUCAUCAGUUUUUCAGUCUAUAUCAAGAUCUACAGCUAGUUCUGUUGCUCAGCCGCUGUCUAAAUCUGGUUACAUAAUGAACUCAUCACAAGUUGUACCUAAUAAUUCUUCAGGGUUACUGUUUGACUUGAGACAAAACACAGGAAUACCUCAGUACCAGGGAGCAGCAGCGCGCUCUUUAACAGGUCUGAAUGAAAGUACCUUUGUAACGAAACGUCUCUCUACUUCUGAAGUAAACAGUGUAACUUCAAAGAAACCCAAGUCUAAUGAAGAUAUUGCUGGAACCCAUCCCUCAUCUCCCUUCUCUUCAGUGAAAUCACCAUCACAGAAUACACCUUCAAAAGGUACAAUUACUUCUACUAAAAAUGGACCACCUUUCCCAAGAGCUUGUCCAAAGUGUAAUAUCCAUUUUAAUCUAUUGGAUCCUUUAAAAAAUCACAUGAAGUAUUGUUGUCCAGAAAGGAUAAAUAACUUCUUUUGGGGAUCUAAUAAAGCAGAAUUCUCAAGUGCUGCAAAUAAAAAUAAAAUUGCUGAUGCGGAUAAAGGAAAACUGAUUAUGUUAGUUAAUGAUUUCUAUUAUGGGAAACAUGAAGGAGAUAACCUACAAGAACAGAAGACUCACACAACCUUUAAAUGCUUCAGUUGCCUGAAAAUACUUAAAAAUAACAUUAGGUUUAUGAACCACAUGAAACACCAUUUGGAACUUGAGAAACAGAGCAGUGAAAGCUGGGAAAACCAUACGACUUGUCAACAUUGCUAUCGUCAAUUUCCCACACCUUUUCAGCUGCAAUGUCACAUUGAAAGUACACAUACCCCCCAUGAGUUUUCUACUAUUUGUAAAAUCUGUGAGUUAUCAUUUGAAACAGAGCAAGUUCUUUUACAACAUAUGAAGGACAAUCAUAAACCUGGUGAAAUGCCAUAUUUUUGUCAGGUGUGUAAUUAUAGAUCAUCAUCAUUUUCUGAUGUAGAAACACAUUUUAGAACUUCUCAUGAAAAUACUAAGAACUUGCUUUGUCCAUUUUGCCUCAAAGUUAUUAAACUUGCAACACCAUACAUGCACCAUUAUAUGAAGCAUCAGAAAAAAGGAAUAUAUCGUUGUACGAAGUGCCGACUACAAUUUUUGACUUGCAAAGAGAAAAUGGAUCAUAAAACUCAACACCGAACAUUUAAAAAACCUAAACAAUUGGAAGGAUUGCCUCCUGGGACAAAAGUCACUAUUCGAGCUUCAGUUGGACCUCUUCAGGCAGGAGCAUCAACUGCACCUUCCAUUAGUGCAAGCACUUCUACUCUUCAGUUGUCUCCUCCAAGGACUAAAAAUACAACUGCAAAAAGUACAGCUGCAAAAAACACAACUGCAAAAAGUACCACUGCAAAAAACACUACAAGAACUACUGCAACAAAAUCCAAAUCCAAAUCUAAAACAUAUCAUGUGCAAAAGAAGCCAGGCCCUGGUGGCACAAAAAGAAAUAAAGUCAAUACAGCAUUACGGAAUUUAAGGUAUCGUCGAGGAGUUCACAAGUGCAUUGAGUGUUAUUCGGAAAUAAAAGAUUUUGCAAACCAUUUUCCUACAUAUGUCCACUGUAGUUUAUGCAGAUACAACACUAGCUGUAGUAAAGCCUAUGUAAAUCACAUGAUGAGCUUUCACAGCGCCCGUGCAAGUAAAAGAUUUUGCAUUUUUAAGAAGCAUUCAGAAGACUUGAGGGGCAUCACUGUAGUGUGCCUUAAUUGUGAUUUCCUAACUGAUGUUUCUGGUGUAGAUAAUAUGGCCACACAUUUAAGUGAAAGUGACACUCACACAUGCCAAAUUAUUAAAGAAAAUAUGCCUGUUUCUGUCUCAAAUUCUGAACAACUUCCAGAGUUAAAGAAUGAAAUAAUCACUAUGGAAAAAGAAGCUACACCUGAGAAAAAUUCAAGACCUAAUAUGUCUGAAGGAAAAACAGAAACAUCAACUUCUGAAAGCAAACAAGAAAAUGCUUCUUCAGAGGAAGCCAAAAAAGAAUGUGAUGUAAAUCCAUGUAAAGGCUCAUCAGCAAUAAAGAAUGAAGAAAGUACAGCAAUUUUAACUAUGAAAAAUGACCCCAACCUAGUAGCCCAGGAUAGGGGCUCAAGGAAUUCCUUCAGUUCUGUUUCAGAUAAUAAUGAUGUCAUAGAGGUGAUGGAAGAACAACAAAAAAACACUGAUAGCAAAACUGAAUUGAAGAUGUGCCAAAGUUCAGAGAAUGUAAUUUUAAAUGAUCAAACUAACAGCUCCAAUGAAGCUAAGCCUUUUUCACGGAAUACUAAAAAUUUGAAAUUGACAUCAAAUGAUGUUAGCUUUGAGCAGUUUUUGAGAAAAAGAGAUGAACCUGAAUCUAUUAGUUCUGAUGUUAGUGAGCAAGGCAGUAUUCAUUUGGAACCUUUGACGCCAUCUGAGGUGCUUGAGCAUGAAGCCACCGAAAUUCUUCAGAAAGGUAGCAUUGAAUCUUCAGCUGAGGAAGCUGGAGUAGUUUCUGAGCAAACAGAUGACAUUUCUAGAGAAAACAGUCCUAGUACAACAGAAACAACUGUAAAUCUGACAGAUGAAAAGGAAACAAGUUGAAAUGCAAUCAGACACUCAUUCUAAGUUUUCAUUAAAAAAAUAACAACAGUAAUAAUGGUAAAGAACAUCUUGGACCAUUCCUACUGGGUGUGCUCAGUGACACUUUUGGAAAUAGAAAAAAGUGUAAGGAUAGGUUAUACAUACAUUGUAUGUGUGUGUUAAGCCUAUUACUAAAGUAGUCAAUUUGCCAUUCAUAGCACAAU